AUGGCAGACUCAAAGAACAACCAGCUCAUCACGGACGCCAAUAAGGCCUUCUACGCUCUCACCGCUGCCGAGUACGACAAGAUGGGUCGCGGCAUGGCGGUCGAAGCGGCCAAGACCAAUGCUGCCAACAUCCUCGCUCGUGUGCCCGGGAUCGACCCUACCAAAACGGAGCUCAUGGACUUCGCAGCAGGCACCGGACUGCUUGCCAUGUUUCUCGCUCCUCGCUGCAAAUCGGUCACCGCUCUCGACCAGUCGGAUGCCAUGAUUGAGCAGCUUCGCAACAAGCUCGAUGCGCAGACAGAUCCGAAAGACAGAAUCAACAACAUUGUGCCUGUGGUCACCGACAUACUCGAUGAGGCAUUGUCGGACGGACCUCUAGAUGGCAAGAAAUUUGACGUGAUUACCUGCACGAAUUCGUACCACCACCUCAACGACCCAAAAAAGGUGACACAGGUGCUAGCAAGUUACUUGAAGCCAGGCGGAUACUUAGCAGUGGUCGAUUUGAUCAAGACUGAGCGGUCCGCCGAGUUUCAUACCGCUCCCAAGACUGCGAUGCAGGAAGAUGGAUCGCACAAGUAUAUUGUAGAGUUCGGAGUCGAGCCGUCCGGCCAGCAUGUGCAUCACGGUGACGAUGGCCAUCACGAGCACAAACAUCAUGAUCAUCAUGGUCAUUCCCAUGGGCAUGAACUUUCCAGCGGUCAAGCAACUCAUCACCACGAACACGUAAUCGCACACAAAGGUGGUUUCAGCGAGGCCGAAAUGGAUGACUUCUUCUCUGCAGCCCAACUCAAACUAGUCAACAUAGGCAAGUCGGUUCAGUUCGUCAAGGACGGCAAGGCGUAUGACAAUUUUCUUGCAAUUGCACAGAAGUCCGAGUAG